UAUGAAAUGAGAUAAGUAAUCUCAAAACUAAUAUUGCAUUGGUGAUAAGUCUGCAGUAAAAGUCUGCUUAAAUAUAACAAAUAAUACAAUUAAAAAUAAAACAGUAUCAUUAUAAUUUCCAAAAUAUAAAGAUUCGCUAAACGGAUUCUUUUGUAUCUUCUAAGCAAAGCCAAAAACCGUGUAUUCAAAUGACGUCAAUAUGGAAGAUUGCAAGUUAAUACCAACUUGGUUGACCAAUGCCUACUUCCAGAAUGUGUUGCGAAAUUACAAAAAAGAUACAUCUUUGACUGUCACAAAAAUGGAAUCAAGUGUAGCAACAGGGAAAGGGGAAAAUUUCAUAAGUGUGAUUAUACGUGUUAUUGUGGAGUAUAAAUCAAAUAAUAAAGCCUCAAAAAGCGAACCCUUUAUUGUGAAAUCCAAGUUAGAACACGAUGUCGCCGUAACACUAAUAUUGGAACCAUAUCAAGCUGAAGCAACGGAAAUGCUGAUGUAUGAUAAAAUAUUGCCAAUACUUAAUGAAUUAAUAAAAUUGAUUGAUGAGCAAGAGAAACUUUUUCCAACAGCCAUUUUCGUGGACUAUGAACAUAGGGCCAUAAUAUUCGAAGACCUCGCAGAAUUGGGUUAUACUUCAGCAGCACGUUUGAAUGGCAUUGAUGAGGAAGUAGCGAAAUUGUGUCUGGAGAAUAUGGCUAAGAUACAUGCUACUGGUUUGGUAUUCAAUACCAUGCAUCCGGGUCUUUUACAACAGUUGCAUCAUGGUGUUUUUAAUCGCCACACUAGAGGAUUUGCAGCAUAUUUCGAAACUAUUAUGGAAGUUUGUGCAAACUUUGCUGGAGAUUGUGUUGAUUUAGGAAUUUAUUAUAAGGAAAAACUAUUAAAAUUAAAAGAUAACUACUGCAGGUGUGGGCUGAGUUUGAUGUGCAGCUUCUUUAUACACACAUAA